ACCACGCCCAGUACUGUGCGUUACAUCCGGGUCUUUGUUGGUUGGCAGCAGUGAAGAUGGCGGCGUCAGGGAGGAGUACAUUAUUAUCCUCCAACAACAGUGGACUAAACAGCACAGCCGAACAACCAAAUACUGAAGACGAAGAUGGACAGGAUUUAUGGUCUGCUAUUCUGAGCGAAGUAUCGACUCACUCCAGAUCUAAACUACCGUCCGGGAAAAAUGUGCUGGUCAUGGGGGAAGUGGGUUCGGGGAAGACCACUCUGGUUGCUAAACUACAGGGUGUGGAGGACUUCCUGAAGGGGCGUGGCCUGGAAUACCUCUACUUCAGUGUCCAUGACGACGACAUUGACGACCAAACCAGGUGUAAUGCCUGGGUGUUAGAUGGGGAUCUGUACCAUAAAGGUCUGCAGUCUGUUGCUGUGCAACGAGAGGCGCUUGGUGACUCGUUGCUAUUGGUUACUGUGGACCUGUCGCGGCCGUGGGUCGCCAUGGAAUCGCUUCAGAAGUGGGCGGCUGUCGCUAGGGAACAUAUCGACAAGCUCCGGGUCCCCCCAGAAACACUGAGGGAGCUGGAGAACAGAAUGGCCAGACAGUUCCAGGAGUAUGUGGAUCCUGGCUGGGAGGAGAGCGCCCCCCAGAGGAGGAGUGAGGAGGAGGAGAACGUUCUGCUGCCGCUCGGCGAAAACACACUCACACACAACCUGGGACUACCCAUGGUGGUGGUCUGCACUAAGUGCGAUGCCAUCAGUACGUUGGAGAAGGAGUAUGACUACAAAGACGAACACCUGGACUUCAUUCAGUCAUACAUCAGACGCUUCUGUCUACAGUACGGGGCGUCUCUGCUGUAUACGUCGGUUAAGGAAAUGAAGAAUGUGGAUGUUCUGUAUAAAUACCUGGUUCACAGACUCUACGGUUUCCCCUUCCACUACCCUGCUCAACUGGUGGAGAAAGACACAGUCUUCAUUCCGUCAGGGUGGGAUAAUGAAAAUAAGAUAUCUAUCCUCCAUGAGAACUUCCAAACGCUGAAACUAGACGACAUCUUUGAGGAGGUCAUCGUCAAACCGCCUGUCAGAAAGUUUGUUCAUGAGAAGGAGAUUCAGGCUGAAGAUGACCAGGUGUUUCUGCUCAAGCUGCAGUCGCUGCUCUCCAAACAGCCUCCUGCAUCUGCCGGACGACCAGGGGAGUCCAGCAGUAGUAGAGGUCCCAGUGGUUCUCCCAGGACCAGUAAUCGUUCAGCUGCAGCCAACGUUGCUAACACCAUGCCCCAAUCAGCAGGUCAGACCAGUGAGGGGGUGCUGGCUAACUUCUUCAACAGUCUUCUGACCAAGAAGGCCGGAGCAUCGCCACCGGGCAACAGCACACCAGGGACUGUUCGCAAGUCAGGUUCUAAGCUGGGUCUGAGUGAUGUCCAGGCAGAGUUGGACAGGAUCAGCUGCAGAGAGAAUGAUGAGACCAACAACAGCAACACUAACAACCCUAACCCCAGUACUGAGAACAACGAAGAACAGACAUGAACAGACCACCUCCCUCUUCCUCCCCCCUACCUCACCCCCCCAGACCAUACGUGAAGAGAACAAACCUCACCCUCCACCCCCCCAGACAUACCCCAGACCAGACCACAUGAAAAACCCACCUCCCCUACCUUACCCCCUCCUCACACCCCCAGGCCAUACAUGAAGAGACCAGACCUCACCCUCCUCCCAUUCUCACGUCUCCUGACCUCCCCUCCUCACCCCCCAGUGAGACCACCACAUACCAGACAUGAAGACACGUCAGCCCUACCUCAUUCCCCAGACCAUACAUGGAGACCAGACCUCACCCCAACAGGCCAGAACAGAUUAGAUAUGAAGACCUUCUUCAGGACGGAGAGGUAUGGGGAUGGAGAGGGAGGGAGGAGGAAGAAGAGAGAGAUGGAGGGAGAGUGGGAGCAGGAGGGGGAGAGAGAUGGACAGGUAUGGGGAUAGAUGGAGAGAGGGAGCAGGGGGAGAGAGGGAGCAGGGGGGAAAAAUAUAUAUUCCCCUUUCACCAGAUGAGGUAUUUAGGGUGAUCUUGAUACUGUAGGAUAUAUUGAAGGAUUUAUGUAUAUAGUUGACUGAGAUACUGUAGGAAUUGUGUGUGUGUGUGUGUGGAGAAUGGAGAAUGUUAGACAGAGCCAUGUAAAGAGAGAGUUUGGCCCUUGAGGUUUCAACCAAAAAGCAGCAAUCUUCUGAGAUGUCACAUAACUCUAUGGCAGACAUAUUGACAGAAUCAUAAACCAAGUUCACUAGUAUAACUGACAGAAUCAUAAACCAAGUUCACUAGUAUAACUGACAGAAUCAUAAACCAAGUUCACUAGUAUAACUGACAGAAUCAUAAACCAAGUUCACUAGUAUAACUGACAGAAUCAUAAACCAAGUUCACUAGUAUAACUGACAGAAUCAUAAACCAAGUUCACUAGUAUAACUGACAGAAUCAUAAACCAAGUUCACUAGUAUAACUGACAGAAUCAUAAACCAAGUUCACUAGUAUAACUGACAGAAUCAUAAACCAAGUUCACUAGUAUAACUGACAGAAUCAUAAACCAAGUUCACUAGUAUAACUGACAGAAUCAUAAACCAAGUUCACUAGUAUAACUGACAGAAUCAUAAACCAAGUUCACUAGUAUAACUGACAGAAUCAUAAACCAAGUUCACUAGUAUAACUGACAGAAUCAUAAACCAAGUUCACUAGUAUAACUGACAGAAUCAUAAACCAGGUUCACUAGUAUAACUGACAGAAUCAUAAACCAAGUUCACUAGUAUAACUGACAGAAUCAUAAACCAAGUUCACUAGUAUAACUGACAGAAUCAUAAACCAAGUUCACUAGUAUAACUGACAGAAUCAUAAACCAAGUUCACUAGUAUAACUGACAGAAUCAUAAACCAAGUUCACUAGUAUAACUGACAGAAUCAUAAACCAAGUAUUAGAACUAUAACAAAGUCCUUAUGGAUGGAUGAAUGGAAGGUUCAUCCACUGUGGCAGGCAACAACAUGGCUUCCGGCCGGCUCUGAAGUGGGCCAAACUCUCUGUGACUGCUUUUAGAUGUAGAUAUAGAUGGGGAGGGGGUGUAGUUGAGCUUUAUUUGUACAGUUAGGAGAAGCACUAAUGGUUUAUAACCCAAUAGUUAAUACAAGGAGGGAGGGAUGGCCGGGGGCACCUGGAAAGUGUACAGUCCCUUUGUCUUGCUGUAAUCUGAUUGGUCCGUUAUUUCAGAACUGUAACCUGAUUGGUAUGUUAUUUAAUUGUUCUGUGGUGGCAUUUGUAUCAUCAGGUCUAUAAUGAGUCAAAUAAAGGUGUAUUUAUUCUGAC